GAUCUGUCCACACUUCCAUCCAUAGAGACGAGACAGAAACUUUGCUUAUAAAUUGCAGUUGUCCAUAACCAGACCAGAAGAAGCAUGUGAUUCCCACUUCUCUUUAACUUCGGGAGUUGCAUUGUCUUUCACUUUCCAGAGAAUCAAUAAGCGGAACCGGAAGAAAUGAACACAACGAACACCGACAUUCGAACACAGGAAUUUCAAAAACCCUAGACCUUGAGAAGCAGCUUCAGUGUCCAAGUAAAAGGAACUAAUCUAGAACAUUGACGUAAAGGGCGGGACGAAAUUGUGAAGAUUUUGAAUUUCAUGGACAGAUCUAGAUCUAAACGGAACUAUUACUACGACCAGGAGUAUGAUGCCGACGUGGGUAGGACCAAACCCAGGUACAACAACCACUAUACGGGACCGGCGGCUAAUAACCACCGCCGUGUUCGGCAGUCGAAACCCCAGGACUCUCCCCUCACCGUGACUACGAGCUACCGAAUUCUUUGCCACGACAUGAAGGCAGGGGGCGUGAUCGGGAAGUCUGGGAGCAUCAUCAAGUCGAUAAGGCAGCAUACCGGUGCCUGGAUCAACGUACACGAAUUGAUGCCCGGCGAUGAGGAGCGAAUCAUUGAGAUUUCCGAUACGCGCCGACGGGACCCGGACGGGAGAAUGCCGUCAUUUUCUCCAGCACAGGAAGCUCUGCUUCUGAUUCACGAGAGGAUAUUGGAGAGUGACGCGCAAUUCCCGGGGGUUGGGUAUGGUGGGAACGAGGAGGAGGAGUACGGAGGAGGAGGAGGGAAUGCUAAUCGAGUGGCCUCGAGGCUGGUGGUGUCGAGGAUGCAUGUGGGUUGCUUGUUGGGGAAGGGAGGGAAGAUAAUUGAGCAAAUGAGGAUGGAGACAAAGACCCAGAUUAGGAUUCUGCCUAGAGAUCACACCCUGCCGCGUUGUGUUUCCGUGUCCGAGGAGAUUGUUCAGGUUGUAGGUGAUAUGAAUGCUGUGAAGAAUGCCAUAGAAAUUAUUUCAUCACGCUUGCGAGAGAGUCAACAUCGUGACCGCAGUAAUUUCCAUGGACGAAUACAUUCUCCUGAGCGAAUGUUCCCUCCUGAUGAUGACUACAUUCCUCAUAUUAAUAAUGCAGCACGGCGGUCAUCCAUGGAUGGGCCCCCUUUUGGAUCACGAUUAUCUGCUGCCGGUUAUAGAAGUAAUAAUUAUGACCAUCGUCCAUCUGGUUAUGCGAUUGAAUCCGGGGCUGCUUCAGUUGCUGCUAAUGCACAGACCUUUUAUGGUGAGGACUUGGUGUUUAGAAUUCUCUGUCCUAUUGAUAAGGUUGAUAGAGUUGUUGGAGAGACAGAUGGUAUAGUAGACUUACUUCAGAAUGAAAUUGGGGUGGAUGUUAAGGUUGCUGAUCUCGUGGCUGGGUCUGAUGAACAGAUAAUUAUCAUUUCUUCUGAGGAGGGUCCUGAUGAUGAACUCUUUCCUGCUCAAGAAGCUCUGUUGCAUAUCCAAUCGCGCAUUGUUGAUCUAGUUCCAGAUAAAGACAAUAUCAUUACAACUAGGUUGCUUGUUUCAUCCAGUGAAGUUGGGUGUAUAGAGGGGAGAGAUGGAUCAUUGUCCGAGAUGAAAAGAUUAACUGGUGCAAACAUACAAAUUUUGCCAAGGGAAGAACUUCCUGGAUGCGUCUCGGCAGUUGAUGAACUUCUACAGAUUGUAGGAGAGAUAAAAGCAGCCCGUGAUGCUCUCGUUGAGGUGACAUUAAGGCUACGGAGGGAGUUAUACAAGGAGUUCUUUCAAAAGGAUACAAUUCCCCCAAUUUCUGCACCAGGUCCUGUUGGGAGCACUUUAACAGUGGAGGCAGCUUCCCCAAAUAACAUAACUCCAGCUCAUGAAGGUCUCACUGGUCGCGAUAUAGGUCCUACAACAUAUCAAAAUAUUCAAAUCACGGCAACAGUUCAGUCAUCAAAGGGAACUGGAGGAUCUAGUGGUGAAACAGUGAAGCAGAUCGAGACUGAACGCCGUGAAGAUGCGCCAAUCGCUGUGAAUAGACUUCCUGGACCCCUUGUUACUAGGAGUACAUUCGAAGUUGUCAUACCAGAUUAUGCAGUUCCCAAGCUCAUAACAAAAUCCAAAAACAAGCUUGCACAGAUCAGUGAGAUAUCGGGAGCCAAUGUAACCGUGGUAGAAGAUAGACCGGAUGUGACACAAAAGAUUAUCAAAAUAUCUGGCACUCCAGAACAGGCAGAAAGAGCCCAAAGCUUGCUUCAAGGAUAUUUUUUGAGCAUGCAAGAAGAAGAUGGACCUUAAGCAAGCUUGAGAAAUAUGCAGCCCGGAACUCAAAGAUGGCUACAUAGUGACAACCUCAUUCAGAUUUUGGCUAUCAUCAGUUUUGUUAAUGUAUAAUCCAGCCAAUGCUGGAGCAUUUUGCCCUUACAUUAUCAAUGAAGUGUCUGUAUGUGUUUCACCUUUACACCAUUUCUAGAUUACUGUCUUAUCGCAACGGGUUCCGGUGUAAAUGUGACAUAAGGAACUCUCAUCAUGCUUUUUUGCUGUGUUUCGAUUUUCCUGUAUGAAUAUGGAAUUGCUAUCGGUUUGUUGUUUCCUGUCCUGUUGUUGUGUAUGAGCAAAUUCAGAAUCUGAAAUUGGUUUAUGCA